AUGGAACUGCAUGAUGCCUUAGAUGCCAUGAUAUGUCAGGUUUUCUCCCUCACCUUAGCCGAUGUAGCCCGACUUUGGUUUAAGCAGCUAAAACCAAAGUCCGUCAGCACGUUCGCGGAACUUAGAGAUCCCUUUCUCACCAAUUUCAUUGGCGGGAAGAAAAAGUUGAAGCCCCCUACGCAUCUGAACAACAUAGUUCAGAAAGAGGGAGAGCUACUGAAAUACUACAUCAAACGUUUAAACUUUAAAUCACUCCAAGUUCGAAAACAUUCAGAGGAGACAACACUUAAUUCCAUCAUGCAAGGCAUUUGGGAUAAGCCGUUUCUGGGAUCCCUGGACAAGAAUCCGCCUGAGACUUUGGCUGAAUUCAUGACUCGGUCAGAUAAAUACGCGGACGCCGAGGAAACAAGAAACUUGUGUGAGGCCGCCCAGAAUGUAAAAACUCCAGCCAAAGAGUCAGCUAAAAAGGAAGUUGACUCGACUGGAGGAAAGAAGCGUAAGGACGACCGAACACGUGAUGAACGCAAGUCGGCAAGCGACCCGACUGAAGGAAUUGACCUAUCCGUUAUCACACAUCGACUUAACAUCGAUCCGACCUACCGGCCGAUCCAACAGAAGCGACGUUUGCUCAGUCCUGAAAGGUACGUAAUCAUUGAAGAAGAGGUUAGCAAGCUCCUCAAGGCCAAAUUCAUAAAAGAGAUAUACUACCUGGAAUGA